AUGAUCACAGAUUUUGCCAAAGAAAAAGUGUUUUGGACUAGGAAAAUGAACUUGAAACUCGUCAAGUUUAUCGAAAGUCGACCUAAUAUUUGGAAUCCGAAACAUUCUAAAUAUACUUCGUUGCCGUUUAGGGAUAAAACAUACGCAGAAUUUGCGGCAAAAUACGGAAACGAAUUCACCGGUCAAGCUGUGAAAGAGCGAUGGACCAAUAUUAGAUCAACUUUUGCUAAUUAUCUACGAAAAUUGAAUGCCAGUCGUGAAAAAGGAGAUGAAAUAGAUGGUUCCAGUGACAUGUGUAUGAGUAUUGCAAAUAAUCUGGCCAUGAUUUUAAGGGGAGUACAAAAUGAUGCUUUUGGUCUUGAGAAUACUAGACAUGGAAAAGUAGGUGAAGCAGUGACAAAAACACUUACUCAAAUGAAUUCUCUCAAUGCCGCUGUAGUGUCAUCAAAAAUCAUGCAGAUUCUGCUGUUAUAUGACAAAGAUAAUCCAGAAAAUCCUAAUAAUUUGAAAUUAAAUAGAGAUUUUUAA